AUGGUGAAAUUCUUCUCUGAAGAACUUUGUAAAAGCGCACCUAUUAUCAUCAUAUGGACAACAUUAUUUUUAGUAGAAAUUCUGUUAGCAAUAAUAGUUGUUCUUAUAGCACAAACUGGAUGUCAAGAUUUAGAAACGAUUAACAAAUCAUUUGACCCAGAUUUUGCCCCUUCAUUUAUUGUUGGCCCAAGAGACUUUUUAUAUGGGACAUUCCAAAGUGAUUAUGAUACUUCAGAAAUAGCAAUGUUAUUAGAUAUUACUCGAAUUGGGUUAUUUUCAAAAAUGUGUGAUACAGUAAAAAACAAUGAAACAAGUAUAUUUGAUAUUAAUUCAUAUAAAAUAAAUGGAAAUAAUGUUGGACUUAAAAAUAAUUUUAGUGUAAUGUUUAAUUAUCAAUUUCAAGAGAAUUCAACAAUAGAUGAUGCUAAGCACUUUUGUAAUGGAUUGAGAGAUUUAAAGAAAUGUUCAUUAUUUGGUUCGUCUCAAUUAACAUUUCAAUUUAAAGGAGAAACAAAGUCAAUUAACUCAGUAAUUGAAGUAAAACAAUUAUUAAAUGAAACACGUAUUCCAAUUAUUAUUCAUUUUCCAAAAAUUCCUCGUGUAGUUUAUUUAAAUAAUAAAUGUAUUGAAGCAGGUAUUAUAACAGAACAAAAUGAUCCUUAUGGACUUUUUGAAUAUACUCAACAAUACACCGCUUUUUCAGGUGAAAGUGAUAGAGUUACAGCAAUUAUUGUUGGAUGGAAUGAUGAUACAAUGACAUCAUUACUUGAUGAUAAACCAAUUCAAGGAGGUUUCAUUGCAAGAAUAGUUGGAGAAGAAAGUACUACGAGACAUUCAGUAGAUUGGUGGAUGGGAAAUGUUUCGGUUGACGUUGAGACACAAAGGUGUGGAAAAAAUAAUUCAUAUACAAAUUGGAUUUGUUGGAAUAAUCAAGGGUCAGAACAUUACCCAUUUACUACAUUAAAAUUAAGUCCAAAAAUUUAUGAAGAGUCAGUUCUUGAAGGAAUUAAAUGUGCUAAUUUAACUAUUACUUCAUUAGAUGAAAAUAAUAUUGAACUUAAUUUAUAUGAACUAUUAAAAAAGGGAAUGUUUAAGGAAAGUAUUUUUGUUCCUUUAUGUACUAACAAUAAAAAUUGGCCUGAGUUGGAUGUUGUUCAAAGUGAAAAUAAUUUCUUCGAUAUUACUAUUACUGAAUUUAUGGGAGAUGAAUUACGUUAUCGUUUUAACCAUGUUUGGAAAGAAUUCCUUGAGACUUAUUUUGUUCCCUAUAAAGUUGAAGGUCUUCUUCAAGAAACCCAUGAAGAAACAAGAAAUGACUGUGCAUAUUCAUUUAUUCCUUAUCAAGUUUUAACAAAUUAUAUGAAACUUAAUCCAGAAAGAACUCAUUUCCAUUCAUUUAAUAUGGAUUCUAUUGACUGUUCUAACUCUGAUCUUUCUUCGGAUAACUUCGAUCUUGCUGUUGACCUCCUUUUCCAAAAACGUAAUUUCUCACUUCUUCCAAAUGAUGUUGUAUUUGCUAGUUGGCCAAAAGUUCAAUUUGAAGAUUCCUCAUCAACAAAAGAUGAAUUAUAA